AUGACAGCCUUGCUGGAUACAGAAUUCUUGGCUGCAUAUUUUUCCAGUUCAGCACACUGAAUAUAUCCUGCCACUCCUUUCUGGCCUGCCAAGUUUCUGUGGAUAGGUCUGCUGCAAACCUGAUCUGUCUUCCCUCGUAGGUUAAGGGCUUUUUUCCCCUUGCUGCUUUCAUGAUUCUUUCCUCGCCUGAGUAUUUUGUGAACUUGACUAUGAUAUGCCUUGUUGAUGGUCGGUUUUUGUUGAAUCUAAUGGGAGUCCUCUGUGCUUCCUGGGUUUUGAUGUCUGUGUCUUUCUCCAGGUUAGGAAAGUUUGCCGCUAUGAUUUGCUCAUAUAACCCUUCUACCCCUUUUCUCUUUCUUCAUCUUCUGGGACACCUAUGAUUUUUAUGUUGUUCCUUUUUAAUGAGUCACUGAUUAAUUUUUAAAUUGCGGUCUUUUGUCUUAGUCUCUCCCUUUUUUUCUGCUUCAUUCUUCAUAAGUUUGUCCUCUAUAAUGCUGAUUCACUGCUCUGCCUCAUAUCCUUACUGCUGUGGCAUCCAUUCGAGAUUGCAGCUCAGUUAUUGCAUUUUUUAUUUCAUCCUGACUAGCGUUUACUUCUUUUAUCUCCGCAGAGAAGGAUUCUAAUCUGUUUUUGACCCCAGCUAGUAUUCUUAUUAUCGUGAUUCUAAAUUCUGGUUCAGACAUCUUGCUUGUAUCUGUGUUGAUUAAGUUCCUAGCUGUCAUUUCUUCCUGUUCUUUCUUUUGGAUUGAAUGCCUUAGUUUCGUCAUUUUGAAGAAAAGGAAUUGGUAAGGUAAAAAAAAAUUAAAAAAUUAAAAACAACACACACACAAAAUCAAAUAAAUAAUAUAGAUCCUAGGUGUGUUGUGGUCUGGUUCUUGAAAGGAGUUUAAUAGAUUAGGGAAAAAAAGGGAUAAAAAAGAAAAAACAUUUGAAAAUUUGAGAAAAUGAAUACCGUGAAAUGAAAUUAUGGAAGUAAAAUAGAAUUUGAAAAAUAUAAAAAAAGUAAAAAAUAUAGUAGAAAAUAAUAAGGAAGAAUAUUUUUAAUAAAAACUGAAAAUAAAAAUAAUUUCUAUUUCUGUAUUCAUGAAAAAGAAAAAAAAAUUUGAAUAGAUGUACCAGUGAACAGACUGAAAUACGAUUGAAACUACAUCGUUUUCCCCUAGAGGUCAAACUAUGAAGCACUUUAUAGUCCAUAAACUAAGCAGGCGGCGAGAUUUGUGUUGUUCCUGAAAAGUGAGGUUGGCCCAGUUGGGCGGGUCUUAGUUUAAACGGCUCCAUUCUCCACUAGAUGGCACUGCUUACCUUACUGGGUGCAUUGUUAUGGUGCUUGUAGGUGGGUAUGCGCAUGCGCAGGAGGAGUGAAAAUGGCGUAGCCCAGCUAUUCAGUCUCAAGUGCGGGAACUCUGUGCUCUCCCCAACCAGCAAUCGCACACCCGUCCUUUGUCUCCGGCUUCUGUCCACUCCCUGCUUUUACACUGUCUGUGACCAAGCCUUCAGUUUGCCAGGAGGCACCUCUCUCCUGGGUUUUACCUCAGAUGCGGCUGUAUUUCCUAACCCCUCAAUUCUGAGGGACUGUGGCUUUGACCCGCUCAGAUCCUUUGGGAGAGGGUCUCACCGAGCAAUGGCCAGUGCCGGCCACACCCAGGAAUAUUCGCAGGAUUGUGCUCCUGCCGAUGCCCGGAGACUGCAACUGGGUGCCAGCCUGCCCCAGAAAAGGUUAACACGAUCAUAUAGCACCAGCGUUUCAGGGAUUAUGGGAAAUCACAACAUACAUCUGGUACCAGGUUUCACCCUUAACGACCUUGUUCCAGCACCAGCGAAUGUGGGUGUUCUCUGGGGUCUGCUGCGACCAGCCGGCCACACAGUCUCUACCAAAUGUCCUUCCAGCAAUGGAACUGCUUCUCUCUGUGUGGCCCGUGGACCUCCCGGACGCUAUUCUGCUCCUGGAGAUUCGCCCUUCCCACCAGAGCACCACCAGUGGGGACCUUUGAAGCCACUGAUGGAAGCCACAUUACCUGGGCAUCGGACCAUGAACCCCUGUCCUGUGUGGGAGCAGAAAAGCGGCUGUGUAUACCUAUUCUUCAUCUGUGUGCGAGGCCAUGUCACCGAGCGUCAGCAGGUCAUGUCAGGCAGGAAUGCAGCCCGCCUCUGCUUCAUCUGCAGUCGAGACACUGGCUGUUCAUGGAGCGAGGUGAGGGACUUGACUGAAGAGGUUAUUGGUGCAGAGGUGAAGCGUUGGGCCACAUUCGCUGUGGGCCCAGGUCAUGGCAUCCAGCUACAGUCGGGGAGGCUGGUCAUCCCUGCAUAUGCCUACUACAUCCCUUACUGGUUCUUUUGCUUCCGGCUACCAUGUAAAGCCAAGCCUCAUUCCCUGAUGAUCUACAGUGAUGACCUAGGGGCCACAUGGCACCACGGCAGGCUCAUUCAGCCCAUGGCAACAGUGGAGUGCGAAGUGGCAGAGGUGACUGGGAGGGGUGGCAACCCUGUGCUGUAUUGCAGUGCCCGGACACCAAACAGGUGCCGGGCGGAGGCUUUCAGCAAUGACCGUGGUGAAUGCUUUCAGAGACUAGCCCUGAGCCGACAGCUCUGUGAGCCCCCGCAUGGCUGCCAAGGCAGUGUGGUGAGUUUCCGGCCCCCGGAGAUCUUACGUGGGUGCCAGGACCCUAAUGGCAAAGAUGCUUCUACCAUUCAGCAGAGCCCUCUACUGGACAGAUCACUAAGGCUAGAGCAAGAAGCUGGAACACUGUCUGAAUCAUGGCUCUUGUACUCACACCCAACCUGUAAGAAGCGGAGGGUCAACUUAGGCAUCUACCUCAAUCAGACCCCCUUGGAUGCUGCCUGCUGGUCCCACCCCUGGAUCUUGCACUGCGGGCCCUGUGGCUACUCUGAUUUGGCUGCUUUGGAAAAGGAGGGCUUGUUUGGGUGUCUGUUUGAAUGUGGGACCAAGCGAGAGUGUGAGCAGAUUGCCUUCCGCCUGUUUACAGACCGAGAGAUCCUGAGCCAUGUGCAUGGGGACUUCACCAGCCCUGAUAAGAACCCUGAGCCAAUUGAAAGCUAAAAACUGACUUAGGACCCAAUUUUCCAUGGAAAGAAACCACAGAAGGCAACCACAGCCAGGAUAAUGGAGGCCAGGUUAACAGAAGUUAUUGAAGCCUACAGAGAAUCCAAAAACUUAAUAUUGUGCUCCCUACCUUUUUUCCUUCUCCUCCAAGGAGCAAAAUGAAAAUUUUUCCAUAGCUACUACAGUGGAAAGAACUAUGAUUUGGGAAACCAUGAUGUGGUCCUGGUUGUGCCACUGUCUUGCUGAGGGAUGUUGAACAUAUCACCUGAACUCUCUGGGCGUCAGGUCUCCAUUUGUAAAAUGAGAGGAUUGGUUCUGGGAUUUUUCUUCUUCUCAUUUCUAGGAAAGACAGAGUGUCUGCAUGCUCCAUGAUCAGCAAAUUCUGGCUCUGUAGCAGACUCUGAUCUCAAAAGGGAAGUCAGAGGACUCAUCAUUUCCAAUGACUCACCACUCAUCCAGGUGUGAGGCUACAAGCAGGUGUUCUGGCACGAAGGAAGAUCUGGAUGUUUUGUUCUGUUCUUAAUAACAAACACACACACACACACCCUUUUAAUCAUGUUUAGAACUCUAUAGGUUCUCUGUCCUACAGGAAUUGGGCAAAACAGUAGGAUCAUGAGGUCACCUACCUUCUCCAGCUUUGCAGCUGUGUUCAAUCUUCCUUCCUUAUCUGGAAUGCUUACUCCCUAAGGAGAAAGUGAGAAGCUCAAUGCCAGUGGCCCUUGAUAAUGGCACAUAUUUUUUUAAAUUUUUUUUUAACAUUUAUUUAUUAUUCACACACACACACACACACACACACACACACACACACACACACACACACAGAGCAUGAGCAGGGAAGGAGCAGAGAGAGAGGGAGACACAGAAUCUGAAGCAGGCUUCAGGCUCUGAGCUGUCAGCACAGAGGCCAACGCGGGGCUCAAACUCACAAACUGUGAGAUCAUGAUCUGAGCCAAAGUCAGUUAUUCAACGAACUGAGCCACCCAGGUGCACAUAUUGUUUCUGAUGGCAUUACUUUUAUGGAAGAUGAACCUGAAGUUCAUUUACUAGGAUGGUUCCUGAUGAGAAAAGGACAUGGAUUAGGACUUUAAAGCAUUGGACAGAACUUCCCAUGGUCUCUGCCCUCAAGGAGCUCACAGUUUAUGGGGCUAGAAGUGGGAGAAAAUUCAAGAAGAUCAAUGCAGCUAGUUUGUAGAUGUUGGGCUUUAAGUUGAGGUGAUGGUAGCUCUUGAUGUCAUUGUCUUAGUUGCAUCUUCAUUGUGCUUGGAGUCAUCUGCCCCAGGGCUUGACCAGGCUUCUGGGUUUCCCCCAGGCCCAUUUUUCUCAGAAUGUUGUUCUGGCCUAGCCACUUCUUUACCCAUGGAGGAUGUCUUUAGGAAAACCAUUAGGAAGGUCUCUGGACCUCAGACCUCUGAAUCAGGCCUGUUUUUUUGGACCUGCUGCAAAUACUGUUUGUGGAGUAGGGCUACCUCUUUGUCUGAUGGGUUUGGGGCUAAACUUUGCCAGUGGUGGGUCUCUCAGAUGAUACCAGAUUGGUUGUUCUUAUUUUAGAUUCUUUCCCCAUAGCCUAUUAUUGUAACAGAAAUUCUAUCAUGAGAUACUUGGUUUUCCUCCCUAUUUUAGGAGAAAAAUACCUUGUAUCAGAGAACUAUAUUUGGUGCUGAGUAAUGGCCCAGAGAGCAAGUGUUAGUCUUGGAGCAUAGCCUAGGAGGCUAGGGGUUGGCGGUUGCCCCAGUCCUAUGGGGAAGAGUCGUGCAGGAUGAAAGCAGAGAUUAACUUCACCUACUCCUGCAUAUGGCUUAAGUCCAUGGCUUAGAGUGACUUCUUAAAAUUCCCUUAGCCUCUCAGCCAUUUGUCAAAGUUAUUCUCCCAGCACACAGUUAUGAUCAUUCAUUCACUCAUUUGUACAUUUACCUAAAUAUUCUUGAGAGCCUUGCAUAAUGUAAGGUGCUUCCUAUUGACAUUCCCUGGUUGAAAAUUAUUUGUGGCUCUUUGUCGCCUGCUAAAGGGUGUCUACAUUUUGUCUGGCAUGUAGGGCUGCCAGUUGUUGGGUGGGGUAAUGAAUACUUAUCUCUCCUUCAUAUGAAUCCCACUGUCAGAGAAGACCUCUGUCGAGAUGGCAGUGGAGGGGGUGACAGAGCUGCUGGUAUAGGGAGGAGCUGGGGAAGGGCAACCCUCUCCUGAGUAGUAGUAGAAACUUCCUGUUCUGCAAAGCUUUCCUGAACACCAUCCCCAAAUAGAUGGGAACAGGGGGGUGGCUCCGUUCUCCCACAAGGUCUAAGGGAUGGAGAAAAUGAAAAUAUCAAGACUUCUUUGGAACCAUCCAAGGAGGGACCUCAGUCACAUGCCAGUGUGGACCACAGCCGUCCAGUACCAGCACUCAUUGGAUGUCUUCUCCAUCUCUGAAUUGCCCUUCCCUUUCUCCUUCCCCUUUGCUUCAUGUUUGCUUCUCCUUAGUGAUUAGCAGUGAAACUCCUCAUAGGCAAAGGGCCUGUGUGUAUAUUUCAGGAAUAGCAAGAAAAGAGGAUUGAGUAAUCCGACAUUUGUAAUCCAAUUACAGAAGUAAUCCAGAAUGAGGAUUAGGGAGAGGAACAGAGUGGGCAGUGGUGGCUCUGAAGCAAAAGAGCAGCAGGGUAGGAGUCCUGGCACCUUAAGGAAGAGAGAGAAUGUGGCACAGAUAGAGACAGAGGCUGGAGAGAUGGUGUAGGUGGAGGCCUCUGUGAAGAAGAAAUGAUAACAGGCUGGAGCUGUUUCCAACACGUAUGGAAAGGGAAGGAGGCCUGCAUGAGCCCACAGUUUAGGCUACAGAUAAGUUCCUGCCCAGCCCUGUAACUUUAAGCUGGCUCAACUUGUCCAUGUUCCACGUGACUAACAAAAACAGCUGGAGGCACUCCAACUCUGUGCCAAUUACCCAAGCCUUCGGGGCCCUGGGUCCAAUGCCAUGAUACUGGUAUCCUAACUAAGCCCAUUUCUAGCCCUUUCAGGUUGGUAGAAUGAAAAAUAUUGGGCAGGUGAUGGCAGCUGUGAAGGAAAGAGGACAGCAGACUGGAGGCCUCUAAUCUAGAAGUGUGAAGAGAGGACUAGAGAGGCUGUGGUCCUUUGCCUGUAGAUGUUCCCCCCCUGUCUUGGGACCCUUAGAAUGGAUCCAUCCAGCACACAUGGCCCAUGUCUGGGAGUGCAGGAAAACAUAGGUAGGGACCUCCUGCUGCUGAUCUGUACCCAGAUCAUUUUCUGAUCCCUUCAACCUGCUGGUGCUGCUCAUGCUCCCCAACUCCGGAUGCCCUCACUCCUAGGCCACUAUUAUGUACUUCAGGCCCUCGUUAUUUGGAUGCUAUAUUUGGACCUGUUUCUCCUGGUCACCAAUCCCCCCCUCAUAUCCAUGGGAUAUUAUGCAACUGCAGCCACAGAUCAGAGACAUGGCACCCUGUCUGUUGGGUAGCCCGAGGGACCCAUAGAGGUCAGCCUAAGGCUGCGCAGCCUCCUUUCCAGGGUAGUAGGAUUCAGUGCUUCCAUUUCAGCCAGAUUAGGCUGCUCAGGCUUCUUCAGUAGGCUGUGAGUUUUCCCCACUGCAUUAGUCAGUAGAUGUCAUGCCAUCCUCUCCUGUGCUGCCAGAGUGCACAAUGGAAGCCUCCCUUUGGUCAUCACCACAGCUUGCCAUGUAUUUCUGUUGUUGUGCCCUGUAGGCCUCUGCGAGGCUCUGAAUUCCUUGAGGGCCAAGUCUCUAUGAAUCCUCCCUCUGUCCUUUUUACCUUGAAUCACAAUGGUUGCUUUAUAAAUAUAUGCUUUUUCUAUUAUAUUCUGAAUUCCCUGAAGGUAAGGACUGUGUCCGAUUCUUCUCUCUGUCCUCUGCACCCGGCAUGGGGCCUGUCACAGAGCCUGGCACAGAACAGACAGCAGUAAAGUUUCACUGAACGAAUAAAUGAGUCAAAGAUCCUUGGCCUUCUGGAGCUAAGAGACAAGGCCAGGGCAAGCUCCCCCACAGGGAGAAGCAUACUGUAUCCCCUGUAGAUUGGAUAGUGUUCUAAACUUGCUGAGCACUCAGUAAAUUAGUCUUCUCUAUUCUGGCUUGCUUCCAGGUCAUCCCGGAUGUCCCAGGAUGACAGCCUAAGACUGAAGCUAAGCCUUGACUUGGGGUUGUCAUUUCAGAGGUAUUUCCCUUCUGUCCCUGAUUGGAGUGUCUAUAACUGCCUGUCAGAGGGGGGUGCUCUGGUUCAGUGUGGUCUGAGCAUGUCUUGGCUCCGUGAUACCAAGUGCCAGAAGUGCCCUCCGUAUCAUAAAAACUACCAGGACUCUGAAACAAAGAACAUGAAUAAAGAGCCUAAUUCCGA